GGACAGGCGGAGGGAGAUUGAGAAUCAAGGAGAGAGAGAGAGAGAGAGAGAGAGAGAGAGAGAGAGAGAGAGAGAGAGAGAGAGAGAGAGAGAGAGAGAGAGAGAGACUUUGAAUGCAAAAAAAACAAUGGCGCGACAAGGAGUAUUGCUGGUUGGAUGGCGAAGACCUCGACCGGAGCAUGGUUGGUGGGCAGCAAAUAGGUGGAGGGAGGUGGCAAUGGUUGUGUUGCACCUACUUCUCAGAGCAGCAGUGGCAGCGAAUUCAGAGGAAGUAAUGCCCGCGGGAUCGUAUGAUGUAUCAUGUGGCAUGUACGGAGACUUGCAAGACAUGGAGGCCUUAUCGGACAAGAAUUUUCCACAAGUGGCAAGUGCCGUCAUGAGCAAAGGUGUGGCACUGUACAACGAUCACCAGCCGAGGAACUGUGCAUGCCUGUUCUCUGCUCUACUGAGGAGAGUACUAGAUCUCAACGUUUCAGACAGUGUUGCUCUGAAGCAGAUGAGCGCAGCGACUCUCACAUCAGACGAAGACUUGCAGUCCAUUGAGAGUCGCUUACGGGCAAUCAGGGUGCCAUCAAUCAAGAGCGAUGAGAACGUGAGCAGCACCGGGGACGGUGUUGGGGGGUUGAUGGCGGAUGAGACGGGGAAUGUUCAACGGGUCUCAUAUCUCAAGGACCUUGCUGAUCGCUCACGAGCCUGGCUUCUCCGAUGGGGGCUGGAGUCUAUCGUAAGACUCGGUGAUGUGGAUGCGGCAGCUCAGUCUAUCACUUCUCCCAAGCAUAUUGACGAGGUGUUGGAAGUGGGAAAUGCACUGUGCCAAUUGAAUUCUAAUCAAACUCAUUUUGAGGAUGAGAUACUCGGGGAGCACAACAAUACUGGGUUGAGAGUUGCGGCAUGUUUUUUCACAUUUCGUGGAGCUGCCCGUCAGAUUGAGGUCUUAGUGAGUCUGACAAGAUCGGCUACAGGGGACUUAAAAGCAUCAGAAGCUAAUUUAACUUCCGCCCUGCAUGGCGUUAAUGGAGUUCAGCCAGCGUCUACACAUGUGGACCUGUUGAGACGUGUCAUUUCUGACAUGGCAUGGAAUGGCACAGCAGUCCAGGAGCCAACAUCCAUAAUUAAUGCUCGCCGUGGAGGGAUAGGAGCAAACGUUGGCAUUGUUCCUCGUGUCGGCAUUAACCAAACAACCGGAGAGGAGUCGCAGGGAGGAAUGUUGAGUGAGACUUCUUCUGGGAAUGGAACGGCCCAACAGCAGGACCACAAGGAGGACCAGAAGGAAGGACAGUUUCCGGUGAGUUGCGUUGGUCCGUCUUGCGAGAGACUGUCUUCGAAACCAAACACACGAUCUCUUGAGACAGCGUUGUGGCUGGUCAGCGGAGUCUUGAGCGCUGUCGUCUUCUGUACGAUUGCUUCCGUGAUCAUUCACCGAGUUCAUCGUGCUGCGAGAUCUAGAAGGCGGCCACCAGGAUUGACAGACUUCUCACGCCCGGGUUUUGGCACCUCGUCUCGCUUGGGAUCCGCAAACGAAGAGGGUUUCACAGCCCCAUUCAACCCCCUGCAUUCCAAUUCCGCUGCCACAGGGGACGAACCGGUGAGGCUAGAGGUGGAAAGUGAGUUGGGGGAGGCCUCGUAUGGCUUUGCAGGAACCAACAGCCCCUACAGUUUGGGAAUACCCAGGGGUAUCUGGAUUGGAGUGGGGGGGUUUGGGUCUUGCUCGAGGGGGGUCCGAUUGGUGGGCAACAAUUCCCGAGUUGUGGCUGCCGUUGUGCAGCCUGACGGUCUUGCCGCUCUUGCGUACAUGCAGCCCAAGAGGGUAGAGCAUAAGCGCUCCCUCUCCGGGGUAUCGGAUAUAAGCAGCGAGAACGAUCUGUCACCCAAAGCCCCCUAGGCUGGAUUUCUGUACAGUGCACCGUUGUUUUUCGACUUUGCGAUGACUAUCGCUCCACCAAGAAUGUCUUAAGAAACCUCGUGCUCGUACAGAAGCAGUGCAGCAGUGGGCAAGUGCCAUGGGAACAAGGAAGAGAAGAACACGGGAGGCGUGUGAUAUUCUGGAUAAGAACGUGGAUGUGCAACCAACCAUACCUUAAGCUUUCACAACAUCGUGUUGUGAGUCACAAUAAACUAUUCUUUGGUGAGGAUCGACGAAGCGCAACUGCAACUGGGGUAGGGUUCCAGGACCAGUUGGGAAAAAUUAUCCCCGCCUGCGGUUGCCAACGUCCUUGGGGAGGAGGAGGGUGGGUGACUGGACUGGCAAAAGAAUGUCAUCCACAAAUUGGCAUGCGGCAGCGUAAGGUGAAACAUAUCGCGGCCAAUAUCGGGGAACUCUGGUAGAAGUCAGGGGGAGCAGUUUCUGUACUACAAACCUGCUCCACACUACCUAGUGCUUGCUUCUGUGGGGCAGGGAGUGCCCAUGUGGUCCUCACCAUUGUCUGCAAUGCUGGACUGCAGACAUCACCCAGCGAACGAGGGCGCUGAGGUUUUCUAUCUAUGUAUAUAUUGCGAGCCAGAGAGAAGCCUUGAAAGUGCUCUGCAUGCUCUGAUCACGAAGUUGCCAUCAACAGCUUUUCAGAGUACUUGACUAUUAUCUUCGGCAGUUGAGCAGGCCGGCAAACUUCCACUGUUCCGUAACGUAGGUGACAGAGGUGUGAAAGAUGACUCCCUCAGCCAGUUAAGGAUGGGAUGGGUAUUUGGUCAUAUGUUAAGACAUUUGAACUCCAGGCCGCCAUGAAAGAUUUGAAAAACAAUUUCAAGUUGGUAGCAGGUCUGACAGGUCCGACUCGAGUAUUAUCGCUGCCAGUUGAACAGGCUGGCAAUUUCAUUGCUAUGCGACAGGUGUGAAAGAUGACCCCCUCAGGCAGCUGAGGAUGGGUAUUUGGGAAUGGUAAGAUUCAUAGACUGCAGCAGCAAGUUCGUGUCGGGUGAAAAAAAAAAACACCACUCAGAAGCGGUGCGGCUCGAGCCUCGAAGUUAGCGGGACGGGUGUGGCAGUGAGCACUUCGUUGACACUCAACUGAGUCAACCGCUGGCAGCAGCAGGUCGCAGACUUUCCAGGGAGGAAUUGGUGAGGGGUCAGGAAUUGGUGUGGGGUGAGGUGUGGUGCUGUGCUGUGUGAUGGACCUAGCAAAUGGUGUAGCUGGAGGAGUCCCAAUUUUUGGGACUGCAGGAGACCCAAUUUUUGGGACUGCAGGAGACCCAAUUUUUGGAACUGCAGGAGUCCCAAUUUUGGGGACUGGGACUGGGAACAGACUUCGUAUGGGGACAAACAUGAUCAACGUUGUUUCGUUUCCUGCAUGAGCAGAGGAGAGGAGAUGCAUACUCGCACGCUGGGAUGUUUUCUAGUUCUCUGCGGACGUAAUUGCAGUCAGGUGCAUCCAGUCGGGGUUGGAAAAGCGGUCAUGUACAUUGCGGAAAGUUCCAGUGCGAGUAUACCCCUGAG